AUGUCGGAAUCGCUGGCGAGGAGCAUGGAUUUGUCCGACUCGAUCUCCCCUAUUACGGCACUUUGCGUCGUCGCUGAUAAGAACAAGGCGCCUAGAGGAUUUACAGCGUUGACCAAAUCGAACGAUGAUGCUUCGGAUGCGGACCUUUGGCACGAAAGUUCAUUCAGCAUCUUCUCGCGUCCCGUCCGCUACUUAUGUUACAGCCGAGAGAAGCCGAAUGCCGCCUAUAAGGGUUCAAUAUCCGUGGUGACGGACAUCACGGUUGUCAAGGAAAAUGACCCGAUACCGCACGGAUUCGUUGCUAUCGACUACACCGCGGAUUCACGAGAGCGAGCCCUGCGUAAAAGAUUCAUCUGCGUGAAAACGGAGCCUCUCGACGCCGCGGUCGAUGCUGUUGGCGAGGUAAUCAUCCUCAACAAAAACAAGAAGACGCCCAAAGAUUACACCAACGCUGGCGAGGUCGAUGGCGCAAUGAUUUGCUUCCGUGUCAUCGUCAUUCCUUCAAACUACGGAUUAUCGCAUAGCGCUUCGGAAAGGAAUCUGUCUACAAGCUCGGCCCCCGGUCAAGGAUUGUAUCCAUCAGUUCCAGGAUUGGGACAACCAUCUCACUCAACCUCAGCGCUCUCCCAAGUCGAUCCUCUACGUUCGCCGGUGAAUGCUUUUACGAUUAAGCAAUCGAGCACGGGCCCUAAGCCGAUAGACGGUGUCGAGUUCAAGGUCAACCCACUUUUUGAAUGCAACUCUGGCAAGCAUAGGGAAGCCCCACUGCCGCCAUUCCCCGAAAUCGACCUCGGGAAGCUGGAUUCCGACGAAUACACCUACCGCUUCCAAAUUGAACAGUCCGCCCUGUCUUAU